AAAAACCAAGUCCAGAUGACAACCUUUAAACCUACUACUAUGAUGGAAUCUACCUGGAUGAAUGAGAGUCUCCAUAGACACCUUAAAAGCAUGUCCUUGUUUAUGUUGAAGAGCGCUCUGGUGUUGGCAGUGAUGGCUGGAACGGUGUGCGCCUGUGUGCUGAAGAAUCACACCAUAUGGGUCGAGAAGCAAAACUGCACCCAGUGCAUUGCUAUCAACACAACCAUCUGCAGUGGCUACUGCUACUCAAGGGAUACCAAUUUUAGAGGCCGGUUUGGGAGGACUUUUUUGAUCCAGCGUAGCUGCAUGCCUCUGUCCUUGGUGUACCGGGUUGCUCAUAUUCCUGGCUGCCCUCCGGAUGUGAACGCAGAGCUGUAUUACCCUGUGGCACACUGCUGCAGCUGCAGAUGCUGUGACACUCGCACAUACCACUGCGUCCAACCGAGACGCUUCUCCUAUGACCAGUGCUCUGUAAAACUUGGCAGUGGGGGCCAUCAGAAUGAAAACUGCUUUGGAAACAUUACAAACUGUUAAAACUAUUUCAUGCAAAAGUGUGUCAAAAUAUUAGAAGCUAAUCGAGCCAAUCACAAGUUUUGUUUCACAAAUGUUGCUUUUCUACUGAGUUGUACGCACAAAAAUGUAUGUUUACUUGUGAUCAUGCACACAGUUUUCAUGCACAAAGCAGAUUGGAGCAUGAUUUUUUUUGCACUUAGAGCCUCUUUCAUGGAAAAAAAAGGAUUUGUCUCAGAGAAUCAGCCUAUGCUGAAAGAUGUCUCACUUUAUUGGCCUGCGGUCUUGGGUUCCAUUAUGUUUUAUUCUUAAUUUUUCCUUUGAAUUUUUUCGAACUGAAACCCUUUUAUUCGGUGCUUCGUUCAUCUAUCCUUGGGCAUUUAAUAAAUCAUCACAUAUAAACCAAAUGACUAGCUUGAACAUUUAGCAUCGGGUAAUUUUUAUUUUUUAAUAUUUUUGUUUAUUCUCAUAAAAUGUAAUUUUGGUGAUUGUCUGUGUUUUUCAUUAUCAGUAUGAAUGUGUUUCCUUAGGCUGAAAGUAAUCAGACCCUUUGUUAUUGCCUUGUGAUGUGAGGUCACGGGUCGUUACGAUUUUGUGCAAUCUUCAUUGUCUGUCUUGCUGCUAAAGGUCUAAAUAAAAAUAUGAAAAACCAUCA